AUGAAACAAGAUGACAUUGUAGAUGUGUGGGCUUAUAAUUUGGAAACAGAAAUGGAAAAAAUUGCGCAUUUAUUACCUAAAUAUCAUUACGUUGGGAUGGAUACGGAAUUUUCGGGAUUUUUUCUAAAAUCUCCACCUUUUUCAGCAUCAGACGAAGUCAAAUAUCAAGUAGAAAGAGAAAAUGUAAAUAGAAUGAAACUAAUUCAGAUUGGCAUAACUUUAGCAGAUGAAGAUGGAAAAGUACCACAACCAAUAUGUACUUGGCAAUUUAACUUCAAAUUUGAUUUAUCUCAUGAUAUGCAAUCUACUGAUUCAAUUAAUCUUCUUUUCCAAUCAGGAAUAGAUUUUGAUAAAUUUUUAAAGGAUGGCAUUGAUAUAUCGGAUUUUAUUCCAAUAUUCUAUGCUAGUGGGCUUAUAAUGAAUGAUAAUGUAAUUUGGGUUACAUUUGCAGCCGGUUACGAUAUUGCAUAUUUAGUUAAACUUGUUACAGCAGAUAUUCUUCCUGAUACAUCUGCAGAGUUUGAUAGAGUAGUUAGGACAUAUUUCCCUCAUUAUUAUGAUGUCAGAUAUAUGAUUAUGCAAAUAAAUCCAGGAGUUGGUUCAUUACAAAGUCUUUCCAAAGAGCUUGGUGUGUUAAGAUAUGGUCCAAUGCAUCAAGCAGGAUCUGAUUCAUAUGUAACCGUUUUAUCAUUUUUUGCAGCAUGUCGUAGACAUUUCAGAGGCACUCUUAUUCAUGAAAAGUUUAGAAAUAAAAGUUGUAAGUAA